GGAAAAAGUACAACCUACGAUUCUUUUAGAUUUCUCCGAGGUUUUUUUGGUAAAUAUAUAAAGCAAUUAAUUUUGCCUACCUACUUUGUUAUUUUGAUGUUUUUUUUUGGAUUAUACUUUGAUUAGAUGGUUGUGGAGUAUUCUCCUUUGUGAUUAGAGAUACGGUGUUUUGGGAUUAUUGGUUAUUAGGUUUUUUUUGGGGGUUUUGUUUAGGUAUACGAUUUGAGAUUGGAAAAAAGUUUUUUUUUUUUUUUUUUUAGUUCGUGGGUUGUUCCAGAAUAUAAAAGUUGAUUGGGGGUUUGGUUUUUUUUAUUUUGAAAGAUUGGGAAUUGAUUAGGUUUUGGGUUUUGAAUUUAGGAUUUGUGAGUGGGGAAUUAGGGUUUGACUGAUGGAUGAAGCACAUGGAAGUUCAAGUUCCUUGCCUCCUUUUCUAGCAAAGACUUAUGAGAUGGUGGAUGAUUCUUCCUCGGAUCCUAUCGUUUCGUGGAGUUUGAAUGACAAAAGUUUCGUCGUGUGGGAUCCAGCUGAAUUCGCAAGGAUUUUGCUUCCUAGAUUCUUUAAGCACAAUAACUUUUCCAGUUUUAUCAGGCAGCUGAAUACAUAUGGAUUUAGAAAAGUUGAUCCGGAACAAUGGGAAUUUUCCAAUGAUGAUUUUGUAAGAGGGAAACCACAUCUUAUGAAGAAUAUCCAUAGACGUAAGCCGGUUCAUAGCCAUUCGUUGCAGAAUCUUCAAGCACAAGCCCCUCUAUCGGAGUCUGAAAGGCAAAGUUUGAACGACGAAAUAGAGAAGCUGAAACACGAUAAAGAACAACUCAUGAUGGAGUUGAAGAGACACCAACUUGAGUGGCAAACAUAUGAGAUUCAAAUACAUUGCACAAAAGACCGGUUGGAAAAAUUGGAACAAAAGCAACAGAAAUUUGUGUCUUCUGUUUCUCAAGUAUUGCAGAAACCGGUGAUGAUUGCUGUAAAUCUCUUGCCACUGACAGAAACCAUGGAUAGAAAACGUAGGUUGCCGAGAAGUGGCUGCUUUAACAAUGAAGCUAUUAUGGAAGAUGGUAUUGAAACUUCUGUAGGUUUGCCCAGAGAUAAUGCAGAGGGUACCUCUCUUUUGACAUUAAAUGCAGAGAGAUUGGAUCAGCUUGAGUCAUCCAUGGUAUUUUGGGAGACUAUUGCGCAUGAAGCUGGUGACAACUUUGUUCAUGCUCGUUCAAACAUUGAUUUAGAUGAAUCUACAUGCUGUGCUGAUAGUUUGUCUAUAUCUUCUGGGCAACUAGAUGUUGAAGUUCAACCUAAGUCAUCUGGAAUUGACAUGAAUUCUGAGCCAACUGCUGCUCCUGCUGUUGUUGCAUUAAAAGAACAACCUGUGGGAAUCACCACUGCAGCAACUGGGGUUAAUGAUGUAUUCUGGGAACAGUUCUUGACAGAGGAUCCUGGUGCAUCGGAAGCACAUGAAGUGCAAUCAGAAAGAAAGGAUUCUAAUAGCAGAAAAAAUGAAGGAAAACCUAGUGAUCACGGCAAAUUUUGGUGGAACAUGCGGAAAGCAAAUAAUCUUCCUGAACAGAUGGGGCGUGUUGAUCAAGUAGAGAAAAUUUAGUAGCCAUUAAUUAUAUCUUCUGGUUGUGAUGUCCCACAAUCACAUGUAAUAAUUUUGGUAUGUAUUGUUUCUUUUUUAUUUUAUUUUUAUAGAA